AUGGAACUGGAGCGCAGGGCAAGCGUGGCUGGUGGCGACUUCCUCGAAACUAUUGCCAAUUUCGAUCACACUCACUCAGUGGGGUGGGAGAUGCAACCUAUCAGCGAGAUGGGCGUUGAGGAGCAGAAUUUUACGACCACGACGCUGGCGGACCCCCCCACAUCUACCAUAUUGCUGAUAUUGGCGACCUGGUUGCAGCUGCUCGAGCUCUACGACAAGCUGUUCGGUCACAUUCGCGCCAUAUUGCAAGAAAUGCCCCUUGAUGCAUUCCGAGUUCCCAUGAGGACGAUUGGGUUGCGUGUACCAGGAACGAGCCUGAUGCAAGGGGGCCUGUCGAUCAAGAUCAUGGUUCAGGUGAUCAAUCACCAGCUGGAAAGCGUGGAAGCUCUUUUGGGGCUCCCGGAUGAGUACUCUGUCGUACGCCGCAGCGGCACCGGAAUUGGGAAAUCCCAUACCACCACUCUUUUCUCAAGUCUCGAUAUGGAAGUGAGUAAGUUGUUUCAGACGGUCAUGGAGGAUAUGUCCAACGGUGCUGGUAAAGCCACCAUCGCCUCCCUAUGUGACAAUAUCCAGGAAGUGCAGCGCGUCGUCGGGAUGUGA